AUGGUCUCGUUUCUCAUUUUGGCCCUGCGAGCUAGAGUGCGCAGCGUUGAGCGUGCCGAGCCCAAGCCCCGAGCUUCAGGCGAACUCUCACUCGUGGUCAACGGCCGCCGCUUCAUUGUGGCUUCAACCUUGUUUGAUCGCUACCCAGACACCAUGCUGGGACGCAUGUUUGCCACGAGCUGCGCUCGAAAUGAGACGGUUCAGCCCAAUGAAGAUGGUGAUUAUGUGAUUGAUCACAACGUCUCGUCCGAGGCCUUUGCUGCCAUCCUGGACUUUUAUCGUCACGGCCGCAUCCAAUGCCCGCCCACCGUGUCUGUCUCCGAACUGCACGCAGCAUGCGACUUUUUUUGCAUCCCUUUCAGCGAAGCCAGCGUUCAUUGCGAGGACGUGGCCAAGUUUUUGCACGAGCUUUCCAAUGAAGGAGCCCGCAAACAGUUUGAGAUGUUUCUUCGGCUGGCCUUGAUGCCAGCCAUGGCACGCUGCGCCGACUUGGGCGAGCGCCAAUGUCAUGUCGUCAUCCUCGCAGAUUCAGACACGGUCGAGUGGGAUGAUGACCUACCCCCACAGCUCGGCGAGCAGUAUGCCAAAGUGGUUCACAACAGCAGCCUGCUCCGCUUCCUGUAUCAUUAUGAGAAUCGCACCAUUGCCAAGCGCAUCCUCAAGGAAAAGGGCUUGAAGAAGAUUAAAUUGGGCAUUGAAGGAUUUCCCACCUUUGCCAAGCGCAUUCGUCGCAAUGCAGCUGGGGCCAAAGUUGAAGUGGAGUAUCAUUAUGAUUUACGGCCCUACGUCAAAGCUUCGUGGGAGAAGGAGGAGCAGAAAUCGCGCCAUGUCGACUUUCAAUAUGUGCGCACGUCUACAACCACCAAUGUCUUGUCAACCGUCAUGACAUCCUAA